ACCACAUUCCAUACAAGCAAGCUCGGCCAUGUUUGUACGUCUGCAAUAUGUUUGAUGUCCGAUUCGACGAAAAGCUAUAAAUUGAUUUAUUACAAACAAGAAAAACGAUGGAUCCUCAUUCUAGUGCCCAGGAUGUGCACCGAUGUGAGCUUUGUGAGACCGCCAUUUUACACAGCUACUGUGACUUUUGUCAUGUCAACCUCUGCAAGCCCUGUGUAGUAGAUCACAUCUCAGAUGGAUAUGACAAACAUAAAAUUGUCCCUUUUGAGGAGCGAAGAUCGACUGUUAUUUACCCAAAAUGUGUGACACAUUCACACAAAAACUGUGACUUGCAGUGCAAGAAUUGCAACAACAUAUUUGUUUGUUCUUCUUGUAUUGCGUCAGAAACACAUAAAGGACAUAUUUUUGUAGAAGUUUCAGAAGUUUAUGCGACAAAGAAAAAUGCUAUUGCGGACGAGGCAAAUAAGUUAGAAAAUCUUAUUUUCCCGACAUAUGAAGAAAUUGCACUGGACUUGGAAAAUCAGCUUGCCAACCUGGAUGGAGGAUAUGAGAAACUUACAACAGCAAUGUCCAAACAAGGAGAGCAAUGGCACAGAGAAAUUGACAUCGUUAUCAAUAAAAUGAAAACUGAAAUCAGUGAGAUAAAAGUAAAACACAGAGACCUUUUACAGAAACACUUGGAUGAAAUCAAACAGACACAGGCUCUCAUAAAACAAACAUUACAAGACAUAAAAGAAAUCAAGAAAUCCACUGAAGUAUCUCCUACCAUUGAAUACAGCUCAAAGAUCAGAGAGUUCAGCAAGCUGCCGCCCAAAGUAAAGGUUACACUGCCAACAUUCCUUCCAAAACCAUUAGACCAUCAAAAGUUGUAUAGUUUGUUUGGACAGAUCACUCCUUUGUCUACUGCUACAGAAGAGAAUGUCUUGUCACUUAGUCUAAACAAACCCAACACUUCAGUGAGAGAACUACUGGAUGAACCGGAACUUGUUGCCACAAUACAGACAGGGUAUGAAAACGUUUACAAUGUUACCUAUCUAAAUGAAGAUUGUUUUUGGACAUUCGGAUCGAUAAAGGAUAUCAAAUGCUUUAACAUGAAAGGUAAAUUGCUUCAUACAGUUAGCAACAAAUCAGAAAAAUGGCCCAAUGAUAUAGCUGUAGACAGUGAAGGGAAUUUACUUUUCAGUGACAGGACAUCAAGGACAGUGAAUAAAGUAAAUAAUGGACAGACAGAAGAGUUGAUCAGAUUACAGGGAUGGACACCUGGUAAGCUGUGUGUUACCUCUAAUGGUGAUCUCCUGGUUAUCAUGUUCAGUAGUAAGAAAACUCAAUCCAAAGUUGUCUGUUACUCAGGAUCUACAGAGAAACAAACAAUUCAGUUUGAUGAUGAAGGUAAACCUCUGUACUCAGGGAAUAGUUAUACUAAAUACAUCACUGAAAACAGAAAUCAUGACAUCUGUGUAGCUGACUGGGGGGCUAGAGCAGUUGUAGUGGUUAAUGAGGACGGGAAACUCAGAUGGAGAUACAUCGGUCAUCCCUCAGUUACCAAAAAGAAACAAUUUUGCCCAGUUGGUAUUACAACAGACAGUCAGAGUCGUAUCCUGACAGCAGAUAGAGACAACCACUGUAUCCACAUUCUAGAUCAGAAUGGACAGUUUCUCCGUUACAUUGAUAACUGUGAUCUGAAGAAUCCUUAUGGUUUAUGUGUGGACAAUAAUGACUAUCUGUUUGUAUCAGAAAUUUAUAACGGCAAUGUUAAGAAAAUAAAAUUUCUCAGAUAGACACCAAACUGGGUGAUAGAGAUUGAACAAGACUAUUUCCAUGAAUUUGAUGAUUUGUUUUUAGUAAAGUAAACUUUGUUCAUAUCAGGGGUGCAGAACAUGUGUAUUUCAUGCUAUGUAUUAAUAAAUAUUUACAUUCAGUGUAAUUUAUUAUGAUUGCAUUGAAAAUCUGCAAUGUUCAAUUUAUGUGAAUACACUUAGCCUAUUCAUGCGUCAGAGCACAAAUAAAAACGUCAUCACGCAUUCUGAGU